AUGGCUGAAGCGACUGGUGCUUGCUGCGGCAUAUUUGGAGGAGCACCCAAAACACUAGAAGGAUCAUCUCAAUCUGUUACGCACGCACGAGUAGCACCAAAAUCAAAAAAGAAGAACCGCGACGAUGAUGGAAGUACCAGUCCUCAGUCAAUACGCUCAAACGGCAAUUUUGUGAUGACGUCGCCGUUACACUCAGAUGGUCAUAUUUCACCCCCGGGCUAUGAAGGCUCUGCUACGAGUUCGCCAGCGCACACAAUAAGCACUCCUUCUUCGCCAUUACACCAUAAUAACGGUGGUCCUGCACCAGAACACCAUGGAGGCGGUUAUGGGAGUCAGCAAUUACCCCACGGAGGCGGUUAUGGGGCUCAGCAAUUAACCCACGGAGGCGGUUAUGGGACUCAGCAAGUACACCAUGCAAAUGGUCCUCCUCCGCCACAUACCGUAGGAAAUGGUAAUGGGCUUCAAAAAUCUCACUAUGGAGGUUAUUAUAGGGAGUAUUAA